AUGGGAGGUGUAAUGUCAUCAGUAGUUCCUGGCAUAUAUGUUGGUGGGUUGUCCAGUGCCAGAUCUGAAAAGCAGUUAGAUGAAUACCAAAUUACACAUAUUUGCAGUGCCUUCCAAUAUCCAUUAACACUUGAUGCUAAGCGAGUACACAGACAGUUUACUGUAUGGGAUUCGCCAGAUGAGAACAUUUCCAGGUUUUUUGUUGAUGCAGCGGACUUUAUCCAUGGUGCUCGGAUGGAUCAUGGUGCGGUCCUCAUACAUUGCGCCUGUGGGAUUUCGCGGAGCGUUUCACUAACGAUUGCGUACCUUCUGUGUAUAACUAAUUUCAGUCUACGGGAAAUUUACAAGGCAAUGAGAGCUGCUCGAAUUGGUGCCUGUCCCAAUGCAGGUUUUCUCCGUCAGUUGCUCCACUUUGAGGAGUCAGGGAGUCAUUUGAAAGCGCGCCAAUUCCUUCUGGCUAAAUACGGUCCCUGGCCGGAAGAUAAAGAGGCCGCUGACCGGGAGGCGCUUCAGCGACACAUCGCCAUACAGGAGGAGUUCAUCAAGACCGGCUACUACCCCUGGGACGAGCGGCCUCCCUCGGAGACUGCGUCGUCAGAUGAAGAAGCCAAGGACAAAAAACCGGUGCAAUUUGUUUGCAGGUUGCUCGACAAUGCUAAAACUCUAGAUGAGGCCUUGGCCAGUGCGCCGAACCAACCACAAGAUCCACCAAAUGAAAACCGCAAUGUUUAA